AUGCUUUCCCGGCUAUGGGGCUUCGUGCAGAGCAUUACAUCCAAAAGGCCUUCGUCGGAAGAGGCGCCGCCGGCAAAGCGGGCACGCGUGCAGACAAGCGUCGAUAGCAACGCGCCUGAGGCUGAGACUGCGCGGCCUGCAACGGCUUUCGCUUCGCAGGCCAGCGGGCCACCGGUUGAGUACAAACUCGUACUCCUCGGAGAUGCGGGAGUCGGCAAGACGUGCUUCGUGAAACGGCACGUCACAGGGGAGUUUGUGAAGAAGUACCGGCCCACAGAGGGCUGCGAGAUGAAGAAGCUGAAGAUUUCGACCAGUAGAGGUCCCGUUCUCUUCCAGGUCUGGGACACGGCUGGCCAGGAUCACCUUGCCGGGCUCCGGGACGGAUACUUCAUCGGUGCGCGAUGUGCUAUGGUGUUCUUCGAUGUGACGAAGCGGGAGAGCCACCAGAACCUGGCGAAGUGGGUCACAGACCUGAGGAAGGUGGCUGGUGACAUUCCUGUGGUGGUCGUUGGGAACAAGGUUGAUGCUCCGGGCAGAGUGGUCAAGGCACAAGAAGGUUCUGUGAUCAUGCGCAAGUUGAAGGUUCAGUACUACGACCUGAGUGUGCGAACGCGCUUCAACGUGGAGGUGCCGUUGCUUUUCCUAUCCCGGCGGCUCCUGGGAGACAGCAGUCUUAG